AUGCGCCAGAAGCCCGCUCCCCAGAACACCUUUUUUAACCUCAAGCAAGAGCCGCAGCAGUUUAGACCGACGUCAGUAGCCACUGAGUUUGUGGACACGGAUUGGGAUGAAGAAGACGACGAAGAUGAAGUGAGCGAGGCGGAAGAUAACUCACCCCGAGUGAGUCUGCAAUCAUCCGGGCAGCCAAGUAUCACAACCCUCUCUUCGUACGACGAGGUCCCCACCCCUCGUUCAAGUAGAGUGCCGCAGUUCUAUCUCGAAUACUCUCCGAAGCAGGUUGAAGGCCCUCGCGGCCCACACCUCUUCCAAUUCCCUGCCGACCAGUACUCGAGGUACCAAGCAGGUGAGGACGAUGCAGUGUUGACACUGUCGCCUAUGACUCCGCAUGUUCCUCGGGAGGUUGUUUCCCAUGCCCGAUCAUCUCGCUGGAACGGCCCCUUCCAAUAUACCAAUGCAGAGCUCGACCCAUCGACGCUAGCAUCUUGGACGCCCGAGAUGGUGGCACAGUCAAUGCUCGAUGCCGGUAUUGAGCUGGCGAUUACGGAGAGGUUCAUCGAGAAUGACAUCAAUGGUGCUAUCCUGAUCACGUUGAAGUUUGAAGACCUGAAGGAGCUAAGCAUCUCGUCUUUCGGAAUUCGAACAAGAGUAUGGCAUCAAAUCCAGGCCUUGAUGGAUAGCAGGCCUGCCUCGCCCCAGGCUACGACUCCGAUUGAGGAUAGACCGAGCCGUGAAGCCAGGAAGGUGAUGAAAAAGGACAGCAGUGGCUCGACACGCCGCCAUGAGAGCAAGCGCAGAGUCCGCCGGGCUACCGAUCCCAUUACACCAAUGGAAUCUGUAUCCAUCAUUGGCAUUGAACAAGUCAUCCCAAAGCCGCACAACUGUUCAAAGGGCGAGAAGUGCUCAAAGUGGAAGAAGCAGCAGAAGAUCAUUGAGGAGUUCAAGGCCAUGAAUCCCCAUAUCGACAUCAACAAGGCUAGUGGGACUGUUCUCGUUUAUGGCGAUGCAGGCAACCCCGACACAGCCAGGGCCCUGGAUCCUAACGAGGCAAUUCGGCCGUUUUCCGAUUCAGUUCCGUCUGUUGUGGCAUCGUCUGACAUCCUUGGCCCUGGCGGCCUGCCACCUCUGCAGUAUCUUCAGGAAACGACCCUUCGGAACCUGCAGACUCGCGAUCCCCAGGAUAAUGUCCGCCAAUUCCUUAACUUUCAGAGGUCCAACCCAAGCAGCAACGAAGUGCCACCCACUCCCCCCUUUGAAGUUACACCGUCUGCACAACCUCACCAAGGCUUGAGACGCCUACCAAAGCUGUCCAUUCCAGGAAACUCUCAACCCGCGGCGCGACAGGCACCUCCCCGACCACCUGUAUCUCAGCCCGUUCAACAGCAACAGCAGGCGUCGCGCCGCUCCUCUCCCUUGCAGCAGGAGUUUGUACCAUAUCAGAUGGACAAGGCGGAUCCAUUGUCUCCCGACUUGGAAACCGCAAAGAACCCCUAUCGAUUCGGGACUCCAUUCUCCGAGAUGGAUGUCCCGAUCACGGCCGUGCCUCUUGGACCCGUUGCUCGUGACGUCUCUCAGUCGGUGCCUCCCGAUAUGAACUACCGGGCUGCUCCUACCGUGGGCCACAACCGGUCCCAGUCGCGAGCUUCUGGUCGCCGCCCGUCUUUCCCUGUUCUUCCCGCCUUGGACGAGAACCGGGCCACUCGCACCUAUCAAAGGGCCCCUGAGCCCAGGUCGGCAUCUCCUAGAACUCCAGUCCGACCACACCAGCAGCAGCAGCCCCAGCAACAAUCCCAACCUACCCAAGCCCCCCCUCGCUUCAAUUAUCCUUGGUCACCUGUCGACCGCACCACGUAUGAGCAGGCCAUCCCUCCCAUGCCUUCAAUGGGCCCGGGUGUCUCCAAGGAGGCACCAGAGGCAGCGCCUGCCAACGGCGUCAGCUUCCAGGGCCCCAUGAAGAAGCGCAAGGUGCGUUUGCUUCGUCACGAAUGGCAGGACGGCUACUUUACCUUGAAGGGCACCCGCCUGAACAUGCACAAGGAUGCUCAGCAGGUUGAUCGCACGCUCGAGUACGUCGAUAUUGACGACUACGCUAUUGCCUGCUCCAGUCUCGCAUCUACUUCCAAGCUUAGCGCAGCUUUCAAGGCGGUCUCUAUUUCUCACAACCGUGACAAGAGCGAUCCUGUUGGUGCCUUUAGCUUCCAGCUCAUUCCUCAAGAUAAGAACGGAGCUCGCCUGCGCAAGCGUGACAGCUCUCUCCAGCCCAAUGCCUCAGCCGAGGGUGUCAACGGCACUGGCAAGACUCACCAUUUUGCUGUCAAGAACCGUGACGAGCGCAUUGACUGGAUGCGAGAGCUUAUGCUGGCCAAGGCGCUGAAGCAGAAGGGCGAUGGCUUCGAGAUUAGCGUCAACGGUAACAUGAUUUAA